AACAACAAAAUCCAAAUCCUUUCUUCUAAACCAAAAACCCUAAAAACUCUCCUACCUUCUUCUUCGUCUCUCUAGAGAUGAUGAUGGCUUCUUCCAUAUCCCUAAAGCCGACGACGAGCCUUACCCUCCUAUCCUCUUUCUCCACAGGCAAAGUCCUCCAUUUCCGCCGCUCCCGUAUCACCCACUCACCGUCUUCAUCGUCCUCGUAUCGUUAUCGGACUCUCGUAGCUCAAUUCGGAUUCAGACCAGGUUCGUUCCCUGACCCAGGUGACUCUUUCGAUUUCAUCAAGGACCAUGCUGAGAAUCUUCUCUACACGAUCGCUGAUGCCGCCGUUUCGUCCUCUGAAACCUUUGAAUCUGUCGCUGGCACUAAUUCUGCCACCAAGAACAGUGAUUGGUUCUCUGGUAUUGCCAAUUACAUGGAAACUAUUCUCAAGGUUUUGAAAGAUGGGUUAUCAACUGUAAAUGUUCCUUAUUCAUAUGGUUUCGCUAUCAUUCUACUUACUGUGCUUGUGAAGGCUGCUACGUUCCCAUUGACGAAAAAACAGGUUGAAUCUGCU